CUAUGGUUACAACCGAGAAGGGUUUGACGUGUUUGGCGUGUCUGCUGGCUUUGUCUAUCACUGUCGGUCCAUGAUCCUCAACAAAUGUCAAAGUCUGGAAGUUCAAGGUCAAGUAGAGGUCGUGCAGUUCACACGUGGUAAGCGAUGCAGUGAGAUAAACUGCGGCGAGACUUGCGGCUGCAUGUACAACAACAGAACGUACGAGAUAGGAGAACAGUUUCAGUCGGGCUGUCAGACCUGCACAUGCUCUGAGAAUGGAGCGGUGUAUUGCCUCUGCAGCAACCCAGUACAACGGAAGGAGAUUCGAGAGAUGACUAGGCUGGAACUCUGGAACUAUCAGGUCACCAUUCGAAAACUACAGUCGGGACAUCCGUCAAAAUGGUGGUACUUUGCAGAGACGUAUGCAAGUCACAAACCACAAGCUGUCGGUACAGAUGCCUUCCUACCCUGGCACAGGUACUUCUUGUGGAAUGUUGAGCAGGCAUUGCAAGAAAUUGACUGCUCUGUAGCCAUUCCAUAUUAUGACUGGACAGUGGAUGUAGGAGAGCCAGAGAAAUCCGUCAUCUGGUCUGUCAAUAUGUUUGGAGGGAAUGGUGAAAAUGUAACCGAGUGUGUGAUGUAUCACCCGUUCAAGAAAUAUUUUCCACCUUUCUUGACGCCGUGCUUACGGCGCCAUUUUGAUCUCCGUGUGAAUCUUCCAGAUCUGGUGAAUGUGCAGCUGGCUUUCAGGGAAACAGACUACAAGAGAUUCAGAAUUAAGAUGGAGAUAUUCACAAAACUGUUCCAGGCCUGGGUCGGAGGUCACAUGAGCUCGGAUCUGAGUCCAUAUGAUCCAUUGUUUUACUCGUACAUGGCGUAUAUCGAUAAACUGUGGCAUGACUGGCAGAUUCGUCACCAUGACGGCCUGCUACGAUAUCCUCAGAGAAAACGAUACCUUCCCAUGCUGCCCUUCAAGAUAACUCCCGACAAUGUGAUGGACCUGCGCAUUCAGAUGUGCAUAGAAUACGUCCCUCUGACAAAGGGAGUGCCUUGCAACGUAACCGAAAUACGAAACUAUGGAUAUGACGACUUUGGAUUUGACAGACACGGCUACAAUAGGGAAGGUUAUGACAAGGAUGGUUUCACUGUGCUGGGGUUCGAUCUGGAUGGAAAUCAAGACUUCAGAGGAGUAUACAAUACUCGAGGGUAUGACAGACAUGGGUAUGGAAGAGAUGGGUAUGAUAUGAGUGGCUUUGACAAAUACGGAUUCUAUGUGGAUGGAUACAAUGUGGAUGGCUUUGACCCGUUCGGUUAUGACCGAAUCGGGUAUGACAGAUAUGGCUUUAACAAGCUAGCAGUCACUCCAUUUGGUUUACUGAAGAAUGGAACAUACCUCGGAAGACAGGAAGUCGAUAUUUCCUUAUUUGACGAAUUUGGCUAUAAUAAAUAUGGAUUUAACAAAUUUGGUUUUGAUCGACAAGGCUAUGAUGUGUUUGGAUUUGAUUCUAUGGGGUAUGACCGAUAUAUCUGCAAUUAUUACCACCUCGGUCCUGUGAACCUGAUGGUUAAGCACUACGUCAGUGGGAAACUUCAUGAUCUUGACAAAGAAACUUUGUCGAAAAUUAAACGUAUCUGUCCUCCAGUGACCAGGCUGGAAGACUGGCAGAUUUUGACAAACUGGCUGCACCGCGAUGAUCAGGUGGAACUCAUUGAAACGAUUGAGAAAGUACGAAGAAAAGAACACAGAACAGAUACAGAGUAUCGGCCGAGAAAAUCCAGCGUCACUGAAGAUUUAAUAUGGGUGCCUGUAGCUCCAGAUGAAAGGUAA